AUGGCCGAGAACGAUCAAGACACACCCGCCCUGCGCAAAGACGGAGUCCUUGCCCAGGCAGAUAAGAUAGGACCCAAGUUGGUCGGUAAAACAGAGAAGCUGGAGGAGAGAUAUCGCGGGGCCGCUGGCAACGACGGCGCCGAAAAGAAAGAAAAGAAAGGCCCUGCUGGCGGAUUCGACGAAACACCUCUGCCCAACGCACCGCCAGGCUAUACCCUCAAGUUCACAUUCCACAAGGCCGAGAACCUACCAUUUGCCGACUUUGGCACUCUCUCAUCAGAUCCCUAUGUGCUAGCGGUUCUCCGUACAGAGCUACCCAAAAGACACAAGCAAGAUCCCGAUCUCAAGUUGAGGACGCCCACCAUCCAUCGUAACACGGAUCCGGAGUGGGAGACUGAGUGGAUUGUCGGCAAUAUCCCUGCGAGUGGGUUCCAUUUGAAAUGCAGGUUGUAUGACGAAGAUCCGUCGGAUCACGACGACCGACUGGGAAAUGUGCACAUUGACGUUUCCCGCGUCGACGACAAUUGGAAAGGUUUCUCGCACCAAAGGUUCCAGUUGAAGAAGCGCAUGGGAAGUAAAAGAGCAUACACGCUCCGUGGAUGCGCCGCCUUGGUCUCGCGAAGAGUCAAAAUGAACGGGAGCCUCAUUGUCAGCGUCGAGAAUCUCGGCAGGACAGAUGCAAAGGACGGUGGUCGCAUAUACACAAUCGGUCCAUUGCUAUGGAGUCGGCAUUACUCUCCUUUGAUCGGCCGGAUAGCCGGGACGAAGGAUACAGAACAAGGCAAAGACGGAAAGGAGGUCCAGAAAUACAAUUUCCAAUCCGUGCAGAUGCAGUUACGUGGACCUGUCCCAGCAGAUCUCUAUCACCGAUACGUCGAAUUCAAACCCUUUGUCGCCGGCAUGUUUACUGCCCAUACUAUCCGUGGCCGCCUGCUGAACCGCGCUUUGCACCAUCAACACGCUCGAAUCUACAACUACGAUAAAACUACCAAGUAUGGUACCUUUCAAGAGCCCUGUCCCGAGAUGACCAAGCUAUUUCUCGACAUGGUACAUUAUGACGAAGGGGGUCGCAUCUUCACAUACGUCUUGACAUUGGACGGGCAACUACGUUUCACGGAAACGGGUAAGGAGUUCGGGAUCGAUUUGCUGAGCAAGCACACUAUGCAUAGUGAUGUGAACAUCUACAUCGCAUUCAGUGGCGAGUUCUUCAUCCGCAGGAUCAAACAUGGGAAGGCACACAGGAACGAUGACAGCGUACAUCCGGACAAGACACACCCUCCCUCAACCCCACCAGAGGAAGAAAGAGAUAACAUGGGCACGAGCAGCAGCGGCGGCGGUAGCUCCAGCCAAGGGAAUGACGCACAGCCUCUAACAAACGGCACGACCAACUCAGCAAGCAAAGAACCCUGGCACUACGAACUCAUCAUUGAUAAUGACUCCGGGACAUACCGGCCCAAUGCGGCCAAACUCCCCAUGCUCCGCAGCUACCUCUCCGACAACUUCCCGGGCCUCAAGGUACGAACCCUCGACUGCCAGGCCGACGCGGAGCUGCAACAAAAGCUCAAAGCCGAACAGCGGGAAAAGAAGAAGCAAGCCGGCGGCGGAAAACAGGUCAUGUACAUGCAGAAUGCCAGUUUGAGCAGUCUGAGCUCGGCGGAGGAGGAAGCCGAGCGCGCCGCCACGGGUGCAGACGGUCAGUUCCACGAGAGCAGAUAUAAGAGGGAGAUGCACAAGUUCAUGGACGGAGGUCGGGACGAACAUCACGGUGACGACGACGAUAAUGAGCAACGGCCAGGAAUCCCCAGUGAGCGUGAGAAGCAAGAGAAAAUCAAUGGGGACCUUGGUCACGAGACCGAGGCAGAUGGUGCUGGUGAUAUGGAAAAGGGUAAAGAGAAGGAUGCGCCGGAGAACGAACCCGUCGCUGCUGGAGCGGAGCAGUAA